UUAUGGUUCAUCAGUUCAUCUCGAGUAGGAACAGAUCCCAUUUGUGAUAACCACAAGAUCCCAUUUGUGACAACCAAUUCACAUGCGAAAUCUACGUUUAUAAUGUUGAAGGGCAUCGUACCUGGAGUUUUGUACUUAGUGAAUUUGAGAAUUUCACCACUGGCUCUAAAUUUUUUUAAUUUAUCUUUACUAGGUACUAGGAGAAAAAGCACGGUUCUAAAUGGAACUACCUGCGGAAAAUCGGAGACAUUUCCACUGUUUCCUCAACCUCCUCACCUCCCAACAAUAAUUCUUUAACAUUUGCCUACACACUCUCACACCCAAAACACCCCCAUCAAAAUCGAUCACAUUCAAAAAAAACAUUAUAAAAAACAAAAACAAAAACAAACGAAAAUACCCAUUUUCCAUUGUAGCUCAAAUGCAAAGCUUCUCAUCAAAUCCAGACACCCUUUGAGCCAAAACCUCGUAAAAUGUCUUCCAAAAAGCAAGCUAUUCUCGUAUGUUCCCUCAUCCUUCUAUGGUACUCAUCCAACAUUGGUGUCCUUCUCCUCAACAAGUUCUUGCUCUCUACCUAUGGCUUCAGGUUCCCAAUCUUCCUCACAAUGUGUCACAUGUCAGCCUGUGCUAUCCUCAGCUAUAUCUCCAUUGUGUUCUUCAAGUUUGUCCCACUCCAGACCCUCAAAUCUCGUAACCAGUUCCUAAAGAUUGCAACUUUAAGCCUUGUCUUUUGUGGGUCGGUUGUUGGUGGCAAUAUCUCUCUUAGGUACCUUGCUGUGUCGUUUAACCAGGCUGUCGGUGCAACCACGCCAUUUUUCACAGCGGUUUUUGCCUACAUUAUGACCCUUAAGAGAGAAUCUUGGGUUACCUAUGCUGCUCUUGUGCCUGUUGUUGCAGGUGUUGUGAUUGCCAGUGGGGGGGAGCCAGGUUUCCAUUUGUUUGGAUUCAUUGUGUGCAUAAGUGCAACAGCUGCAAGGGCCUUUAAGUCUGUUCUUCAGGGUAUCCUACUUUCAUCUGAUGGGGAAAAAUUGAACUCAAUGAAUUUGCUACUAUACAUGUCACCAAUUGCAGUUCUGGUUUUAUUGCCUGCAACGCUUGUAAUGGAGCCCAAUGUCAUAGAAGUUACCGUAUCACUUGGAAAAGAACAUAAAUACAUGUGGCUGCUGCUUGCUCUUAAUUCAACAAUGGCCUAUGCAGCUAACUUGUCAAACUUCUUGGUGACAAAACAUACAAGUGCAUUAACACUACAGGUAUUAGGAAAUGCAAAAGGCGCUGUUGCUGUUGUAAUCUCAAUACUCUUGUUCAGAAAUCCUGUUACAGUUAUGGGCAUUGGUGGGUACUCAAUAACCGUUUGUGGAGUGAUCGCUUAUGGAGAAGCCAAGAGGAGGUUUAAAUGAAUGUUCCUCUACAUUUGGUAAUUUUUCCUUCUAUGACCUGUUCUUUGAAGAGUCUAGUGAAAUCAUGUGGGCGUAGAUAUAGAGAGAGAGAGAGAGAGAGUGAUUUUGUGUGUUGUAGUGUUAAUCUAUUAUUUUUUGAAGCAGUAUUAAUCCAUUUUUAUGUACACAAACAGACGUUCUUUGGUAUUAUAUUUUAGGUAUUGCUUUAGUUUGAUUUA